CUGGACCUAUGGAGGCCGGAUGUGUCGCGCAAGCACUGUACACCUGCGAGCCUCAACCUCGAAGUUGUGUGAGGCCACAGGUUCUUGAAAAGAGGCAUUACCAAACUGAAGCCAGCAUCUCUCGAUUCUCGGUCCUUCGAGUAUAAGAUGCCACUGUUCGUUGAUGAACGACCACAAGUAGAUGCAGUGAAGCUGAGAAUGUUCUGCUGUCUCGACUGCGUUGCAUCUUGCCAUUCCCUAUUCACUUCAUCUGUUUGUUGAUGUUUUACGCGUUUGCCAACGACAGUAUCACACUCAACAAUUCCAUACCUGUACAUAUCCUUUCCCAUCAUCUUUCUUCAUCUUCAUCGGAAUUCCUUUUCAGCUCAGUUCAUCCCCCUGCACACUACGUGGUCUUCAGUUGCCUCCGUUCAAAACCCGUUGACGAUAUGCCGACCUUGAAAGAUUUGGUCUGCCACGUUGAGUGGGCUGAUACGGGCUCUCCAUUUCCUGAAUAUGGCACCAUAUAUGGAGAUGGACUUGUCGAGACCUUCAUCGCUAUCCCUAAUCAUCCCCAGGCGUUCACCGUUCGUCUUACAUCCCGCAGAUUCAUCUUCGAGGGUCUGGCUAUGAUCAUCUUCAUCGAUGGAAACUACCAGUGCAACCGUAACCGAUGCAAUCUACGACCCCCUCAGAAAGACCAACCAAAAAACAGAACCGAGAUCGACUUCACUGUACGGCAGAAAGAGAAGCCAUUAGGAGAUGGAACAUACAUGGGACGAGAGUGGCGUUUCGAUGAUUACAACAUCGUAUCUCAACUGCCGGAAGGAGUCAGCCAGAGUCAUUUUGAUGAGUUAGGAACUAUCGAGGUCCUCAUUCUUCGUUGCCGAAGCGCCAACCCAAAUGAGGUUGCGAUGUCGACCACGUCUUCUGGAGAAGAUAGUGAUUGCCUUGGAGGUGAUGCUGAGGAUAACCUCGAAGACAACAAGUCCAGUAAAGUCGUCGAAAGUCGAGCUGAACCUGAAGGCGACCCCUUUGGUGGGUUGGCUGGACUCUUCGAUGGCGCCUUCGACCAACCACCUUCUUCUCAUGGCCCCAACGGCGAUGCGCCCGCCGAUGGCUAUUCUCGAUGGAACCAACCUGACCCAUAUCGUCCGCAAGAGUCAUUUCACCCGACGUAUACCUAUCGGCCAGCUUUCCGCGGUGCCUCGCCUCCACCACCGCGCCAUUAUCAACCAUCACCACUUCCAUUUACACGUCCGCCGAUCGAGUAUGGGCCCCCUCGGCAAGAGCGACGCGUUCACUUUGAUUAUGGCGACAGAAGGGAUCCACAUUAUAGUGCUUCACAGUCCGCAUAUGGGCCCAGAGCACGGGGAUAUGAGGAGCCAGGCUGGCAAGGUGGUGAUGCCUAUCGUGGGCAUCCAUCAGAGCGCGGUUAUGCUCAAGCAGGAAACCUUAGAGCGACUGAUCCAUACAGUGACUAUCCGUACCAUGACGAUCGACGCUACGAAUACAAUGUUGGGGCAAGAGAUUACAGUGACCACCCUGGAAGACAUCAAGAAUACGAGAGGUACCGCCCCGGACCGAUUGCUACACCUCCCACCUUUGCAAGCAGGCCGGCUCCUCAAAAUGGCGGAACGAUGCCCAAACAACCACCCGUGAAUGCCUUCCAGCCUGUUGCUGCACAUCCACAUGCUGCUCCAACUGCCGGUGCACCUGUGAUCCAGCAGUUUACAGGUCAUCCUGCAGUCCCUGUCUGGGUUCCACCAGUUGCGUAUUCAGUCCCGCCGCCCUUUCCUGGCCAUGUACCUGUCUAUCCGCUCCAGACGAAUGCACCUCUAUUCCACACGCAAGCGCCUGCUGGUCACCAGAUUGCUCAGAAUGGUGUAACAUCUGGCCUUGCACCUCCUGGUCAAGGCCAACCAAACACCGAGCCUUCUCGGCAAUCAGACGCUUCCCAACCUAACUGGAACCACCAACCUGAAAACGGCCAGCACACUGAGCCUGCAGAUCCUCCAAAAGGCGCAACGACCGGCACUGGAUGGGGAGAUAACAACAAUUCUGGGAAUGGAUGGCAAGACAAUGCUGCUGCUGGUGGUACCAACCGCAAUGACACAUCAGCGGGCAACGACGAUUGGAGAAAGAACGAUGAUAACAAUGCCAGCUGGGAGAACAACAACAACGAUAAGUCGAACAAUGGAAACGACUGGGAUAAGGGCGCUGCGGCUGACAGUGGCUGGGAUCAGAAUGCCCAUAAUCAAGCAAAUGAUGGGGACUGGCAGAAUAGUGGCAGCAACACUGGUCAAGUUGACGCAGGCUGGAACAAUAAUACAGCCAACAAUGACACCAACAACCAGGCCGGCGGAGGUUGGGGCACCGACCAGAACAACAACGCCGGUGGCAACGCGUCGGGCGGGAACUGGGGCGACACCCAGAAUAACAAUCCUCCCACUACGGCUCCCACUCUUGCUGUGAACGGCCCUAGCACACGAGCAUUGUACGGUCCUUAUGGGGCCUACUACACCUCGAAGGUAUUUGCCGAAAGCAGGAUCCCUGCUGAUGCCGAAGAGGAGCCCAGAUAUGAUAUCCCACAGGCUGUUGCACAAGCAAAGGGUACUUCAAAACAGGUCCAACCAGGAAAAGGAUACAUCUACACCAAGAAGCGAUGCAUUCCGGAGUACAUUGACAAUCUAGACGAGCCUUAUGCGAGAUUUGUGUUCAAAUAUCGCACUAAAGAGCAGAUCAAGAACGAAACUGGUAUUGAAGUCGACGUCGAACCCACAGGCAACGAAGACGUGAACGAGCUGGCUAACCUGGACAAGGAGGAGCUGAUUCAAUUGGUGCUGAGGGCGAAAGGUGCAUUAGGAGGAACGAUACCCGACCCUCCGCCAAAGACAUCCACGGCAGCUUCAAGCCAUACAUUUGAGCCAGUCCCAGUAGCUCCGCCUGAGUUUGAGUUUCUCAAAUACAAGCUGCCACCAGCUCGGAACGCGGCCAACCCUGGUCUGGGAAUUCGAGUAUCGAAUCCAUCAAGUGGUCAGAAUCCAGGCAAUGGAUCCGCUAAUCAAGGCAAUAAUGAUUGGAGCAAAGGUGCAGCCGACUGGACGAAUGAGAGAAGCAAUAAUCAGCAGAAUACGACCACGGCCAACGAUCAAGCAUGGACUACUGAAGCUGCAGGAUGGCAAGACGAUAAUGCGAAUACCAAAAACAAUGGACAAGGAUGGGACGGACAACAAGAAGGCGGCAACAAGGGGUCACAACAGCCCAGCUUUCAACCCAAUACAACAUCCAGGAAAGGCAGCGAACAGCCAAAAUCGGUACGAAGUUCGACGAUCAGUCCAAAGAACACCAGCAAGAACAAUCCGCCAGGGUCGGCGCAAGUUUGGCCCUCAGGCUCUGCCUAUCAGGGUGGUGACUGGACUAAGCCGAUGACUGUUACAAGCGCCCCUGCAGCAGGUAUCGCUUUCCAUGGCGCAGGUACUGUAGGAGGAGGUCAGACACAGAUCACGGGUGCAGGCCCUCGCCCCCCCUCAGUGAUGGGAGCAGGCCCUCGACCGCUUUCACCACCGAAAGGUGGCUACGGCGUUCCUGACUUGAGUCCACCAUUGGAGGAAGGCUAUGGCGAUCGACCUGAUCCGCCAUCAUGGAGCGAAGGUAAUACGGCAGGUCCGCCAGGACCGGCAGGAGGAUGGUGAAGCACAUUUGAGACCGAAGAGUUGUUGGAGAGCUGACAUGGAGUCUUGUUCAGGAGUAUAUUAUCCAGCUAGUCUUGCUCUGGCUGCAAGCAUAGCUAUCUGUCAGAGUAGCA